AAAUGGCAACUAUGGACGGCUCGGAGCAGGCUGGAUCGUGUAAUGCGGAAAGACUAGUGCGCGUAGGCUAUUAUGAAUUCGAAAAGACAAUUGGGAAGGGUAAUUUUGCCGUAGUGAAGUUAGCAACACACAAAGUAACACAAUCCAAGGACACAGGACGAAUGAUACAACUAAUCAGCUAUCAGCUCAGUAGUUUGGUUGCUACUAGCUACAGCACUUUACGACAGCGUAAUAUGUAGCCGUGCAUCAGCUGAAAGAAAUCAACAAGAUGGCUCAUCCCCUCAACUUGUAUAGUAAAUCAUGGAUAUUCAUUCUAUAAUAGAUUCAAUUUAGAAACUAAAAGUGACUCGAAGUGCUACUUAGCAGCCAAAACUUAAAGAUAGGCAAUGUAUUUCUUAAAUAUUUAUAAUAUAAUAAAAUGAAUGGUCAAUUAUUUAUUUUGAUUGAAUUCUUCGUACUGAAUAUUCAAUAAAAUUCAAAAUUAUGUACAUUCAUUUUCCAGUUUAUUACCAUAUACAGCAUCCUGUGGACCACCCAAAAAGUCAUCAUGGACCACCAGUUGAGAACCACUGGUUUAAGCUGUCAACCAUGGUAGAAUUCUUCCUUCACUAAGAAUCGGUCACCCAUCAAUACUGCUGUUACCUCCCAGAUCAUUAAGUUGCCAUCAAAAUUAUCGACAAAAGCAAAAUAGAUACAGAUAAUUUAAGAAAAAUAUUAAGAGAAAUUGAAAUCCUGAAGAAAUUAAGACAUCCAUACAUCAUCCGGCUGUACCAGGUGAUGGAGACGGAGCGGAUGAUCUACCUGGUCACAGAGUAUGCCAGCUGUGGGGAGUUGUUUGAUUAUGUAGCAACACAUGGGAAGAUGAGGGAACGGGAAGCGAGGACGAAGUUCAUGCAGAUUGUGGCAGCACUUCGGUAUUGCCACAGAAGAGGGAUUGUACACAGGGACCUGAAGGCAGAAAACUUACUCCUAGAUAAAGAUUUAAAUAUCAAACUUGCAGAUUUUGGGUUUAGCAAUUUUUACACACCAGGGGUCUUACUGUCCACGUGGUGUGGCUCCCCUCCCUACGCCGCACCAGAGUUGUUUGAGGGGAAGGAGUAUGAUGGCCCCAAAGCGGAUGUAUGGAGCUUAGGAGUCAUACUCUUUGUGUUAGUAUGCGGGUACCUGCCUUUUGAUGCCAAAACAUUACAAACUCUGAGGUCAAUUGUGGUGGCUGGCAAAUUUAGGAUACCUUACUUCAUGUCCUCAGAUUGUGAUAACCUCAUAAGAAAAAUGCUGCAGGUAGACCCAGAAAGAAGAAUUAGUAUAGAAAGAAUAAUGCAGCACAGGUGGAUAACUUCGGAGAGCCUAGACUCCAAGAUCAAGGAAAUCCUCCAAAAAUACAACUGUGAUGACUGCAACCGCUUGCCGCCAGACAAUGAGCAAGUGCUGGAUCACAUGACGCAAAUAAUCCCUAACCUGGACAGGGAGCAGAUAUUACAGUGUGUGCAUGGGAUGAAGUUUGAUCACAUUAGUGCCAUAUACCACCUCCUGGAGGAGCAGGUGGCCGAGGCAACGCAAGCUCCUUCCUCGACCCCUGCCAUCCCCUUCUACCCCCAGACCCUCCCAGUCAUGCCUGCCCAUCCCAGAAAGUCAUCCAUCACGACAGGGUUUGUCGACAGAAGUCCUGUUUCGGACACUGAGGACACCCAAGUUACUGUGCCUCUGUUCUCAUGUUCCCCUGUACCACCAAAUCUGCCAUCCCUCCAGGACCCCUACCAGACCUACUCCUUCGAGAAGUAUGGGGACAUAGAGAUCAGUGGAGAAUCAGAUAAUGAGGAACCCAACCAACAAACGGUGGACAAAUACCUGUGCUCACGACGACACACUGUUGGGCCAGGAGACACACACCACGAGGAGGAUAUAUACCGCCCAGCAUGCGGUCGACCGCAAGGCGCUAAGGUGAUGGAGGCUCACAUGCGGGGGAACCUGCAGCUGCUUGCCCCGGGAGGUGUUGGGGUUAUGAGUGGCUACCAGACGCCUCCCAUGUCCCUCCUCCCCCAGACCAACCUGCCUCAGAACCUUCCACUUGUACAAAACUUGCCUCCACAGAACUUCUCCUUCAAAGACCAGCACCUCUUGAAGCCUCCACCAUUCAUGCAUGCAGCAGCUGGUGGCUUGGGCAGACGAGCCUCAGACGGUGGAGCAAAUCUUCAGGUAUACUUCCAAUGUCACCUGCCUGAGGGAGGACUGAGCCAACCCAACAGCCACGAACAAAUUACAAAGAUUGGCUUAGUACCCAGCAGCCUUGGGGGUCACUCCCAGCCACUGCCACAGCAAGAGGAUGACUUGCUGGCACACCGGGAUGAGGAAAUUGACCCCAGUGACGUUGCUCAUUACAUGUCAGCACGAGGGGCCAGCCAGAGGGUGACGCUACCCCUGGUGACACCCAAGGACCCACAGGAGGCGCAGAGGAAGAUGCCACCCAACCGCCUGCGAAAGACCGGCUUGCCUAUGGUUACUGAGCGGCCUCCAGUAAUCAACCCGGAGCUAAGACUUGAAGCUGAGGCGCGAAUGAAAAUGGAUUACAUGACCUCCCAUUUGCAAAACAUGCGUAACAAUGCCCGCAUAAUGGGAAUGCCCUUCGCCCCCGGCAUUACUACAGGCAUUCCACCAACCAGCACAGGCUAUGCCAUCAAGCCAGGCAUCAUGUCAGGCAUACCUCCUCCUGUCUCCCAGGCCAAGCGCCAUGCCAUCCCUUCCUCCACCUCUCCCCACAGCUUGGUCAACUACUCGUAUGUUGGCUUUGGCUGCUCCUCCCCUCCCCUCCACAUGAGCACCUGUGCCACACCCUUCUGCUCCCCCACCCACUCCUCAUCCCCAUCCUCUUCAAUCUCCUCCCUCUCCUCCACCUCCCACCACCCAACGCCCUCCUCCACGGCCCCAUGGAUAACCUCAGGCAUUCCACCACAUAACAACAACAUCAGCAGCAACAACAACAACAACAAUUCCUGGCCAAAGCACAGGGAACGCACUCGAAAAACAGGCCUCCCAACGGUCCUGGAAAAUAACUGGCUAGUGUCAUCCCCCUCCGAAGCAGCUGAUAGCACCACAGUGGGCCGAGAAAAUUACAAGGACUCCAUCUACCUCACCUCCGACCGCUACUCUCCCGGAGGCACCACCGUGCGACGUGCCUCAGAUUCCGCCACUUUCAGCCUUUCCAACAUAAAUCAGGAAUUCCAGAAACUUCAGAAGCACAGUGGAGUGACAGAUGCUGCAACGCAGGCGGAGCUCCAGCGUGGCCAUUCACUCCACUGGAUGGGAGCCACGCCCUCCCCCACGCCAGGCCAGCAUGGGGGUGGGUCACCUGCUCCCGGCAUCAUCUCCCCGUGCCCACCAGCGUCCAUCCUUGCCGGCUCACCCUGUCGAUCCCCCCUGCCAUCCUCCCCCAGCCCACAUCAGCCAACUCUACAGCUCAUCUCCCCAACCCCGUCACCUCCAGUCCCCCCAACCACACCGCCUUCCAUACCAAGUUCUCCUCUACACCACAGUGGAAGUAGCAUAGAGGGCACAGCUCUUAGCCUUAGUCGGUUACAUCUGCAGCCUCCAUCAUCCCCGGCUGGCCCACGUAGCCCCUCCCACCGCCAGUCCCCUCCCCUGGCCUUGUCUCCACAGCCUUCCUCUCCAGUCUCCUUGCUGAGCCCUGGUGUGCCCCUGUCUCCACCCUCCCCCAGCCUCAUCCCUCGCUCAGGGCCCUCACCUCCACCUCUGGGGCUGGACUGCAUCCGUGAGGAGCCUCCAAAGGGCUGCCACAUAACCCACAACAUCCCCCAGAACAUAUACACCUUUGCACAGAACCCUCAGAUCUCCAUAACUGACGAGAGUGGGGGCCAUGUGAUCAUCGCCUCCUCAUCUGAUUCUUCUCCGGACGUAUCAGAUGACUUGGAUUCUUCGCCCUUCCCAUCUCCUCCCACACCAGAUCACAUCCCACGGUUGCCCCACUACUCCCCUCAAAGGUUAUCCAAAGGCCUCAGUUUAGACUCUUCCCCUCUGCCUUGUGUGCGUGACUGUGACACCGAGAGGCCGUCGAUAACACGGGGCACGGCAGGUGUUCCUACAUCGCGCCGACCCUCAGCUACUGACAACAAUAACGUCCACAGAAUUCGUAACGAGCGAAACUUAGUGCGACAAAAUGCCAUCGCCGGGACUCAACGAUACCCCAUGCUAAUUACCACUAUGGGGUACAGAAACAGCUUCCCUCCAUACAGCAAUGGGGGAGUGGGUGAGAGUGAUAUAGAAAUGACAGACAUCAGUACUGGAGGGGACCAGUCACCCCUGGUGGAGCGCAGUGUGAUAGAACUGGAGCUUCCUAAGACUGGGAGUGGCUCUUUUUUGCUGGACCUGCCAACUAAGUGGUCAGGCAUGGCACAGGAAGACUUAUUAGGAAAUAUUAUUCAUGUCUUAGAAAGUCGGGCGCCCUCCAUCGUCCGGGAGGGCGUCCGAGACUGUGGCCUCUCCGUGAGGGACCCCACUGGUGCCCAGGUGGACCUGGAGGUGCAUGAGGGCUCUGCGGCAGACUCCCGGGCCCUCAAGAUGCGCAGAGUCUCAGGGGAUGAGGACCAGUACACACAACUCUGCCAACAGUUAAUCGAAUGCAUGACAACCUAACGUUAAUGUGUUGGUGCAGUGGAAAAGUGUUAGUGAACACAAAUGGUUCAAAGUGUGUGCAGACUUCAGAAAAUGUGCUUAGUUCAGGAAAUAAGCGGCCCUAAGUAGUCCAUUUAAAGUCUGUAAUAUCUUAACAUCAGUGAACAGAAACUUAUUACUUGGUUCCCACUUUCCGAAUUUGCAACAUGAAUAUUCUUGCCAUUUGGCAUGAGUACUUUAGGCUUCGGCUUUCUGGCUGCAGCACUACUAUUGUAAUGUUCAUCUGUUGAAAUAAUUGAAUUCUACUUCAAAUCUCUCUAAAUAGACAGGAAAAUUAUAGUACUUUAUUUAUAUAUUUUUAAUUCAUAGAAAGUAUUAUAACAUUUCUUAUAGGUAAUCUAAUGCCUGUCUGUUUAGUAACAUUUAUAAGCUAUGUUUGUGUAUGUAUGUUGUUACAUAAUAGUAAUGUAUUUCACAUUUAGGUGUUAUAAUAGUUCAUAAGGAUUUCUCAUUGUCUUUCAAGAUUUACCGCCAUCAUUUUUUUUUCAGUCUUGACUAAAGAUGACAUUUAUGAAGAACAGAACUGUCUACAAUUAAGUGCAUAUUAUAUCCAAUUAAUUCUUUACAAGUUGCCUUCUGGACUGCAUUCCAUUGUUGUGGUUAAUCUACUCUUAUGAUAUUCAAGUUCCAUGUAUAAUAAAUGCCGAAAGUCUGCAGGAAGUAUAAAGGCUUUGUGUUUGGAGCACCGUUUAAGAGUUUCCACAAACUUGAGUGUUUCAGGUGUUACCCUUUGUGGAACUUGAUGUUUUCUGAAGACACCCAGAAAGCCAAGCACUCGGAGAUAUUAUUACCAUGUUGUUAGGAUGAACUUCAUUUAGCAAGAAGUUUGAAGGAAAAAUAGAAGUUGAAUUAUGGAAGGAGUUUGACAGCACAAAUAUUUAUAGAUAUCUUGAGAUAGACAUUUCCAGUGUAUGUCCCAAGUUUUGUGGCCUGAGUGUGUAUUGACUGCAAAUUUAUAGUUAGCUCCUUUUGACAAAUUUGUAAAUUGGAUGCUAAUGAAAUUGAUCCUGACAACAUGAGGCCAGGUUUGUGUGUGCAGUAAAGCAUUAUGUGUCACUCCCUUGCACAACCGUCCAUUGGCAGGGCUGGGUUCACAAAAUUAAGAGAGGGACAUGUAGAGCAUAACAGUAUCUAUUUUUUCUGGUUAUUGCUAUUAUAAUGAUAUAAAAUAACUUUUACUGAAAUUUUGGGAUUACAUCUUUUGAUGUUUAAAAUUUUUUGGUGACCAUCUAAUUGUUCUGUUUCUGCCAUAGACUUGGCCUGAGAUUUUUGCUCCUAAUAUUUCCACAACUCUUGGAGGAACCCCCUUGAAAGUGCCAACUAAGUAUUUCCUCUGUGGGUAUCACUUAGCCGCAACUGCAUGAACCUAUAGGCAAUAUACAAUCGACCCCCAUUACUCCAACGUCACUGUUUUGCCAAGACUUCACAUUUUAUCUCGUUGAUACAGCCAAUCGUAGAUUACUCUGCUGUAUUGUUUGAAUGAGCAAUAUAUGGACACAAAUUUGUAUAAAUUUUAGUGGUAUUGGAUUAAUGAGGGGAGGUAAUCUUGUGCUAACCUAGGCAACUUUUGAAGACUUGGUGCUAUUGGAGGGGACUGAGCAUGGUACUGGUUGGUCCGUUGAAUGUGUCCGUGCCACUAUCUUUGGCUUGCUAGUCACGUGUUACUUUGGAACUAUCAGACUUCCUGCGGGAGAAACAGCUGGUUCAUGACACAGAAUAUUUUUUUAGGCUACUCAUGUGUAAGUGCUGGUUAAAUUUUGUUACACAUUGUUUAAAUGAUAUAUUUAAAAUGUAGCUUAAGGAACAACUUUCACACCAAUGAAAAUAUUUUAAAUUUUAAUUUGUUUUAGCUAUUGAAAAUGUUUUAAUUUUAGAAUAUGCUUAAAACUGCUUCUCCCCUUUAUCCAUUCUUUAAUAUUUAACUCUGAAUAUUUGAGAAUACAGUAAAUAGGUAAAGGUAUGUAAUAAGCCUUCUACUUCAGCUAUGAAAUGCAUGUGCAGUAGGGAGGUGGGAGGGUCAUAAUGCCACACAACUGUAGGUCAGCAUGGUACUCUAACAUGCCCUUUCCUACAUUUACUGCAUGUGCAGGGUCCAUACUGUUUUUGUUCUUUAUGAUUUAAAGAAAAUCUUGAUUGAUCUUGUAAUGGUAUAGGUGAGUUUUGUAAGUGAGGCAGUGGGUCAGAGGGGAGAGGCAAAGUGCAGACAGCAGCCCUGACAGGGACCAAAGCUCAAAAGUGUGUAGCAUUGUGAUGUCAGCAGCCAUAUGCAGUUGUCUGGUGAGUGUAGGCUAUGGCUGGAAGAUGUUAUUUUUUGUUAGAAUUCUAUUGUGUAACAAUUAGAGAAUUGCUAUGGAUUAUACAUGGAGAUUUGGGCAUUAGAACUUAUGGGGAAAAAUAAUAUGGAUUAUCUGUAUUCCAUGGUACAGUUAUGCAUCCUUUGCAGUGUGAAUUUGAGACAUUUACAUAAUCAUGUGAAGAUGGUUUAAGGGAAGGCAUCACAGCAUUUCAUAAGUGCCAUUGCACAAAGCUCUACAGAUGAUCAAGAGUCACAUGGAUUGGUACUUGCUUAAAGAUAAAUUGUAGGAGAAGAAUUUCAAGUCAUUACAAUGUACCAACUAAUUCUUAAUAGUAUUAGGGCUGGCAUGUACUACUUGUAAAAUUCGUGUAUACCAUUAUAUUUCUACAUUAUCUUCCUCCACAUAAUCACUUAAUAUUCAGUCUUGAGUUUGAAAAGCUACUGUCUUUAAAAAAAUGCUAUAAUUUGCAUUUCACAUAGUCCAUCCAUGCAGUAUUCCUCAUGUAUUGCAAGUUGUAUUACAGGAAACCAUUUUGGCUGUGUUGAGAUGCAAUAUAGAGUAAAUGUCAUUGAAUUCCAUAUGCAAAAUACACCGUAAAAUCAGUUGUGAAGAAAUUGUAUGUAGAAAAGAAACUAAUAUUAAUUUAUUCUGGUAGGAUUUCUUUUUGACAUGAAAAGUUAUUGGAUAAAGCAUGGACAGGCCAUUGGUACAAGGUAAACUUACAUGUUCAGUUUUUCCACAAUGACUUCUAAAUAUGCAGCAGCAACGUUUUCCAGGACAUGUUGACUGGACACAUUGGUUUUACUUAGACCACCCAUGGAGUAUGCUAUUGCUAAAAUUAUCACAUUUGAAACCAAUUACUUUUUGUUCUAGUCCCAGGGUUUUUGUAAUGUGUGGCUAUGUCUUAAAUGUUGCAUUCUAGCAUACAAAGAAACAGAUGAGGUUUCAAUCAUAUUGUGUUGUAAUUAAGAGUUUUGGUUUUAUAAAGCAUUGUCUUAUAGUGUAUUUAAUCGUGCCAAAAGUACAAUUAGUGAUGAGAGUAUUGUGUGCUGGGUCACUUGACAACUAAGAGAAGUCUGAACAUUGUAAUCCAUGUAACAUCAUUUUGCCUUUGUGACCUUGUGACUAUGGGGCAUAGAGACCUCAGAGAAACACUUGCCAACUUCUGCCUUGUUGGUGAAACAGUGAUUAAAGCAGCAGAGAUCAUACUUGGAAAACAAAUAAGCUUUGAUGAAAACUUAUUUGGGUUUAUCAAGCUGAGCUUUAACCUAAAAAAACAUAUGAAUACCAAAAAUUUUACUUUAAUAAAAAAAAUAGCUUAUUGCUGUUUACCACCAGUAUGGCAGAGCAGGCCAGUCUCUACCCCAUGUCUCUAAAUAGGACAGUAUUACAAGCUGUUGUCAUCUGAUAAGUUUGUAAUUUUUAUAAACUAAUAUAAUUUUUUUCUUUGGUUAAUUGGAGCUUUAUAUUUUUUUAAGAGAAAUUGUCACAUGUUGGACUUCAGACAUUAAUUUUAUGGAAAUCUUAACAAGAUUCAUCUAAAUUUAUUUAUUUUUGGUGACAUUGUGGAGGAAAAGUGUUACAAGUAACAAUACAACAUCAAAGAACCAUUUAGUAACCCUGUGCAUCACCACAUUAAGUAAGUCUAUUGCUUUCCCAUGUGUUGAAAACUUGACCUGUGACGCUUGAUCAAGUGUCUUGAUCAUGAUUCCAUUCAGGUAUCAGUUAUAUAAAUUGAUUUUACUAAAGUUUUAUACAAAGCUUUUUAAAGCAAAUUAGUUUUUGUAAAACUGUAUGUUGUAUCAUAGAUAUUCUGAGAUCUGUUAUUUACUAUAGUGACAGUUGUGUUAGGAAUUUUCAGUAGUUGAAAUUAUACCUCAAAAUAUAGGGUUUCCUGAAUGACCUUGUUUAUACAGUAAAGAACAGGAGAGAAACUGUAUUGCAGACCCAACAUUUGAAAUACUAUGAUGAACAUAUUCCUUUGUUACUCAUUAAUUUCAGCAAGAAAUGUUGGCCAAAUUUUGAAGUUAAACGAGUCACUAUGAAGUUGCCUGUCUUGUACUCUUGUGUCUCUGUGCCGCUCGUGUUGCUGAGGCUCGGGCGUCAUCUGAACUGUGUGAUGUGUGAAGAAGGUGCACAAAAUCGUGGCCUGUGUGGUGGGCGUCGUGCCGCCCCGCUCCGCCCCGCCGCGACCCUACCUGAGCAGUGCCUUUCACUCGCUCUCCCGCACCAUGCAGCAUGGGGAUGUUGCAGUGAAAAAAUGCUUUUUUUAUUAGUUAAGGGCCGAAAAAGGAUUACUACCAUAUGUCACAAAAGCUGCAUUGAGGCGUGAGGAGGACAGGGCUGCGGGAUGUGCGGUUGAAAUGCACGACUCCAAAAGUGAAUCAUUCCACCUCACUCAUUUCAAUAGUUUCUUAUGCUCACUGAAUAUGUACAUACUUCAAAGAAGUCUAUUUAAACUAUAAAUCUGUGAUUUUAUUAUCUUCAAGAGUCAAAAUAUAUAAUUAUAUCAAAUGGA